CUGUGUUUAGUACAACGUCGGAAUGGCUGCUCUUUUGUACUGCUUUCUUGUCGUGGUCUUUGUUGGGGCUCAGGCUUUUCAGCCGAACCGAGGAGACUCUCAACUGCAACAGAUGAUGAAAACGUUUGCUGACGAGAUGAAGAAAACGUUCGCUGACGAGAUGAAGAAAACGUUCGCUGACGAGUUAGAGACACUAAAGCAGGAAAUUGAGGACAUGAAGAAGACGGCGGAACCAGCUCUCGGUGGUUCUACUGGCAGCGAACAGAAAAGCAAACGUCAGAUCUCUGGCGAAAAUGGAGGUUCCGUGUACAUCCGCUGGGGAAGGACCUCCUGUCCGAAUGACAUCGACACGUCACUCGUUUACGAUGGCAUCGCAGGAGGCACACAGCACACCCACAGCGGAGGAGGCGCCAACUACGUCUGUCUACCGAAGGAUCCUGAGUGGGGAGUCUUCACGGAUGGAAACCAGGGAACUGCGUACAUGUGCGGCGCGGAGUAUCAAGUCGUGUACGGAAACAACCCAUUCCAGGGCGCCUCCCUCCAUGAUCACGACGUCCCCUGCGCCGUCUGUCACGUGGCGUCUCGCGGCUCCAAGCUGAUGAUCCCCGCCCGUCUCAUCUGCCCUAGCGGCUGGACCCGGGAGUACAGGGGUUACCUCAUGACUGAACGCUAUUCUCAUAGCCGCUCUGAGUUCGUCUGUAUGGACGAAGAACCCGAAGCUAGGCCCGGCGGACACGCGGACCACAACGGCGCGCUGUUCUACCCAAUCGAAGCCAACUGCGGGGCCCUGCCGUGUCCCAACUACGUGCAGGGCCGUGAGCUGACCUGUGUGGUCUGCACCAAGUAACGGUCCUGUCGUCAACGACAUGAAACCACAGCUCAAGAUUCACAAAGUAGACAU